AUGCGGGUGGAUGUGGCGCUGCUCAGCGGGCAGUGUGCGUCCAUUGAGGCGGCGCCUGGCAUGCGGAUACUCGAAUUCCGGCGUUUGGCAGAGGAGGAGCUGGGAACGCACAUCAAGGACCUCGUGGCCGCAGAUGGCAGGCUGCUGCCUGGCAGCCUUACGCUGGAGCAGGCCGAGGUGGAGGGCCAGUGCCUGUGCGCCACGGCGCGCCAGGCCACCUUGGUGUCGCGCAUCGGCUCGGCGGCCUUUGCUCUGCUGAGAGCGGAUGGCUCGCUGGUGACCUGGGGCGACCCCUUCUCCGGGGGCAACUGCCUGCCGGUGGCGGCGCAGCUGCGCCAAGUGCGGCAGGUGGCGGCCUCCUUCGGCGCCUUUGCCGCGGUCUUGGAGGAUGGCCGCGUCGUGGCCUGGGGCGACCCCGACUUCGGCGCCGACCUCGCCUCGGCGAAGGCACAGCUGACAGAUGUGGCGGAGGUCUUCGCCACCGGCUUCGCCUUUGCGGCUCUGAAGUCGGACGGCUCGGUGGCCACCUGGGGCGAGAACUACCCAGGGGGUGACAGCCGCAACGUCCAGCAGCAGCUGACUUCCGUGAAGCACAUCGCCAGCUCCAGCUACGCCUUCGCGGCCAUACGAAGCGAUGGAUCCGUGAUCACUUGGGGCUCCAAAAACCCCCAGCUGAAGGAGGAGGUCGCCUCAGUCGUCGCCAUCUGCGGCUCCCACGAGGCCUUCGCCGCACUGAAGGCCGAUGGCCGGGUGGUGACCUGGGGAUCGCCCAAGUUUGGGGGCGACAGCAGCGGUGUGCAACAGCAGCUGCGGGGCGUCAAGAGCUUGGCGGCCUCGCAGAAGGCCUUCGCGGCCUUGCGGGCCGACGGCCAGGUAGUUUGCUGGGGCGACGCCAAAUGCGGCGGCAACUGCCAAGCCGUGCAGCAACAGCUGCAGGAGGUCCACCAGUUGGCGGCCUCCCACUCGGCCUUCGCCGCGGUGAAAGCGGACGGCUGUGUGGUGACCUGGGGCCACCCGGAGCACGGGGGCGACAGCUCCGGCGCGCAGGAGCAGCUGAGGCAGGUGCAGCAGAUCGUGGCGGCGAAGAGCGCCUUCGCGGCCAUCUUGGGCAAUGGCCGCGUGGUGGUCUGGGGCGACCCCGCCCGAGGCGCGAACACCUGCGAGGUCCAGGAUCAGCUCUACGAUGUGCAGCAGCUCUGCGCGUCGAGCAACGCCUUCGCCGCAUUGCGGGGCGACGGGGCGGUGCUCACCUGGGGCGACGCCGGCUUCGGGGGCGACAGCGGCCGGGUCCGCGACCAGCUGGAACCGCGCGGAAGGAAGCGGCUCCGCGGCGAGGCCCGGUCUGCUGUGGAGCUGCAGCUCUGCCUCUUGCCGCCCGAGCUGCGGCACAGCCACCAGGAUGGCUCGUUAGAAGAUGCGACCAUCGCGCGCUGGCUCUUUGGCCGAAUGGCCGCUUGGCUCAAGCAGCUCCGACCUGAGCAGCUCCAGGCGUUGCUUGCAGCCGCACCGGAGCAGGUGCGGGACGCCUUGAGGAGCAGCGGUUUGUGA